AUGAUGUUCUCCACGUUUGCUUCCAAAACCCUCCUCCCCGUUGCCCUCGCCUCUUUCGCUGCUGCUUUGUCAGGAACAAGCAACACGAAUCCUCCAAGCUAUGUCAGUGGAGAAGUGCUCAAGCUACAGGCUAUCCAGGCCCACUUCAAGAACGCGGGCAUAGUACCUGAUGGUCUGCCCUCUUUUGAUCCCAAGGCUGAACUCGUGGCGAAUUAUGCUGGCGAGUCAUGCUCUACUAGCCCUGGUCAAUCACUGACGAGAGCUCAGGUCGCAUCUGCACCUACAUUCACCGUGACGCCAGGAAGCGGAUCCCUGUCGGGGACUUACACUCUGGCUAUGGUCGAUUUUGGGCCUGUUGGCUCCGAUCAAUCCAAAGGCGUUACGCGUCAUUGGCUUGUCAAUGGCCUUACCAUCACUAACUCGGCCUUUUCGAACACAUCAGCAGUCGCCAUCACACAGUAUGCUGGACCAGCCCCUCCUGCUGGAUCCGGACCCCACCGAUAUGCAUUCCUCCUCUGGGAACAGCCUUCCACUUUCACCGCACCCGCCGCGUUCUCUCAACCGAAUAUGGGUGUUUCGACAUUUGACGUCAACGCGUAUGCCACGGACGCCAAAUUAGGUGCUGUCAUCGCCGGCAACUACAUCACGGUCGAGGAAGGCACAGCGACGGCUACGCCGUCGCCCACGGCUGCGGUCGAAACAUCGACGUUGCCAGCUGCGUCGGUGCCUACGAUCUCCAUCCGCGCGAGCGCUACACCGUUGGGAAGCGGCAACGGAGCGCACGCGCUUUCUGCACAAGGGGCUGGCACUUACGGAUUGUUGGCCCUCGGUGCUAUUGUUUUUACUGUGUUCGCUUGA